GCGCAUGUCGCUGAUAUUCUGCUUUGGCUGCAUAUCACUCUGUGGUUGUCGUGAGUGUGUGGUACGGCCUUUGACCUUCUACCCUCCUCGACAAAGCGGCUAUGGUGUUAUUGCACCCAAUGAAGGAGCUCCGUUGAAAUGCAAGAAAAAACGUUGGCGAAAAAACAACGACCCGUACGGUCCUACAAAACUGAUCAUAAUGCUGCGAGAUGAUCGGAAAAAACUGUCCAUUCGGGUCUCGGACGUAUUGUCCCUACACUGUGACGGAAAACUGUCCUGUGACCAUGUGCUCUUUCCUGGUGAUAUCAACGGCUUCUAUUUUAAACACUCAACCGAGGUCAACCCGGACCGCUGGACGAUUAUAUUUUCGCAUGGAAAUUCAACAGAUAUUGGAUACAGCUGGAUCUCCUAUUACUACCUCGCUCGUCACCUCAAAGUUGAUCUAAUUGCGUACGACUAUCCUGGGUAUGGUUUGAAUGGUGGUAAACCUAGUGAGUCGAAUACGUACACUACUAUUCGGGCUGUAUACGACUUUGCAAUAUCUUCCAUGGGCAUCCCGCCCAGUAACAUUAUUCUCUACGGUCAGUCCAUAGGCUCAGGGCCCGCCGUCGAUCUGUACACUAAGGUUCAUGUUGGUGGUCUUAUCCUUCACAGUGCUAUAGGUAGUGGUCUUCGAGUUUACAAGUCUUACGAGAGACCCCGACGGACCCCAUGGUUCGACCUCUACCGGAACGUCGAGAAGUUAUCCGACUACUUCGCGGAGGCUGGUAAGAGCCCCCCGCCUAUUUUUAUCAUUCAUGGCACGGAUGAUGAGGAAGUUCCCUAUGAGCAUGGUAUGUUAUUGGCUGAGACCAUCACAGGAGAUAAGGAUAGGAGAUGUGCCCCUGGCACUACCGCGCUGUACCCACCUUGGUGGGUUAAAGGAGGCACCCAUAAUGAUAUCGAAACACGGUAUCGGGACCAAUACUAUAAGCGUUUAAAAGCCUACGUCCGCUACCUGAAGAUGAGCCCUCGCCCCGACCUCAGCACUCUAUUAUCCUCCACGUAGAUUUUCAUACCACACCUCCGUCAACAUGUCCAUUUCAUCAGGUUAGCGGUCCAAAGGCAUUCUAGUUCUUCGUCGGAGGGUUCCGGCGUCCAGGCAUGCGCCCAAUAGCAUUCUAACCCACCCCAGCUAUUAUUUUG